AUGGCAGGCAAGCGCAAGAAGACUCACUGGGCCGUGCGCCGCAAGAACAAGCAGGCACGUCGCGAGGGCAGCGAUGAGCAGCAGCAGGACAAGGAUUCGCAGUCGGACCGCCGUGCCGAUCGCUCAGACGCCGUUCACCCUGGAUCUUACGCGGCGCAGCGUCAGCCGUCUGAGACUCCUGCAGCAAAUGCACCAUCAAUGCCGACCAAACGCCGCUACGGCCUAUGGGUGGCCUUCUGCGGGAAGAACUACUGUGGUAUGCAGAUGAAUGAAGGCGUGAAAACGAUCGAAGCAGAGCUGGAACGUGCGCUGUUCGAAGCUGGUGGAAUCGCCGAGAGCAACUACGGCUACUUGCAGAAGAUCGGCUGGAGCCGCGCAGCCCGCACCGACAAGGGUGUGCAUGCUGCUGGUCAGUUACUGACGGCCAAGUUGCACGUGGGCGACGACAUUGCCGGCUUUAUGGCCAAGGUGGACGCUGCGCUACCGGAGGACAUCCGCGUUAUGCACAUGGUCACAGUCACGAAAAACUUCAACGCUAAGAUGACAUGCGACCAGCGUACCUACGAGUAUCUGGCACCCACUUUUAUCUUCGGCAAACGAAUGCGUUCAUCUGCCUCGAAGAACGAGGAAAAACAGGCUGAAGGUACGAACCAGUGGCCAUCCAACCUCCGGGACUCUGAAGAGGGUUUUGACAGCAAUGUGGUAAUUGACAACACGACACUGGAGGCACACAAGGCCUUCCGGCUGAGCGACGAGAUAUUGGAGCAGCUCAACGCCACACUGAAGCAGUACGUGGGCACACACAACUUCCACAACUUUACGUCAAAGAUGGAGCCCACCAAUCCUCAGGCAAACCGCUUUAUUAUUUCUUUCGAGGCCGAGCGCCCAUUUGUGCAGAACGACAUGGAGUGGGUGCGACUGCGUGUUGUUGGACAGAGUUUCUUGCUGCACCACAUCCGCAAGAUGAUCGGAACAGCUGUGGAGGUUGUAUCGGGUGUCUCUGACCCCUCGACGAUUGAGCGUGCCAUGGAGCUGACGAAGAUGGACUUGCCCAAGGCGCCCAGUGUGGGGUUGUACCUGGCACAAGCCCACUUUGAAGUGUACAACAUGAAAAUGGAGGAUACGAUCCAGACAUCGCACCCACCUCUUGACCUGAAGGAGCCGUCCGUGGCUGCUGCUGUUGAGCAAUUCAAACGCGAUGUCAUCUACGAUCACAUCAUGAAGCACGAAGAGCGUACCCGCACAUACGCAAAAUGGCUGCGUACGAUGGAAGUGCUUCCGUUCGACUAUGUUGCGAAGCCCUACCUGGAAUGGAAAAAGGAGAAAGAAGAGGAGGCCUUACGCACGGAUCGUGCAGGCAGACGUGAGUUAGCGAAGGCGGUGCGUGGUGGAGAAACACCCGCUACCAGCUAA